AUGGCCAUCUUACCUUCUCUACUCCCACCUUCCACUAUGAAGCAGGCAUCCAAGGAUCCAAAGUGGCGUUUGGCCAUGCAAGAGGAAUUUGACGCUUUGCUCAAAUACAAAACUUGGGAUCUAAUACCUCCUGAUCCCAAGCACAACAUUGUUGAUAACAAAUGGAUAUCUCAUAUAAAACAGAAGUUUGAUGGUUCUAUUGAUCGUUACAAAGCACUAUUAUUUGCCAAGGGAUUUACACAACAUCCCGGUGUUGACUUUCAUUCCACAUUCAGUCCUGUAAUCAAGCCCACAACAAUACGCAUUGUGCUGUCUCUUGCCACUUGUUUUGCUUGGCCCCUUCAUCAACUAGAUGUCAAUAAUGCUUUCCUUCAAGGUCAUCUUAAGCAACCAAAAGGUUUUGAACAUCCAGACUAUCAAAAUCACAUAUGUCGCCUUCAGAAGGCCAUUUAUGGGCUCAAACAAGACCUUGGGCUACUGCAUUAUUUUCUGGGUGUUGAAGUACUUCCAAAUGCAAAUGGUUUGAUCCUUUCCCAAUCUAACUACAUCUCAGAUGUGCUCAAAGAUUUUUCAAUGGAAGAAAGCAAAGGUGUUCACUUCCCGCUAUCUACCUCCACGCAACUUAAGUUGGAUGAUGGCUCUCCUCUCAUUGAUGCAAAGCAUUAUCGUUCUGCUAUUGGCAAAUUGCAGUACUUAGCUUUCACACGCCCUGACAUAAGCUAUGUUGUGAACAAGCUUUCUCAGUUUAUGCAUCGUCCAACUAUAAUUCAUUGGACUGCUGUCAAACGUGUUCUACGCUAUCUAAAACAGACAAUAACACAUGGCCUCUUCUUCAAGAAACAAUCUAAUCAUGCACUCCACAUUUAUUCCGAUGCUGAUUGGGCAGGUGAUCUCACUGAUUGA